AUGAGUUUAAGGUCGGAUGUAUACCACGCCUACCAAAUAGUCCGUUCCCACGGCAUACCCGACGACCAGAUCAUUGUAUUUCAUUUCAACGAUAUCGCCGACCAUAAGCUAAACCCGACGCUCGGGGUUGUCAUCAAUAGGCCUAACGGGACGGACGUUUACCACGGGGUGCCCAAGGAUUAUGUCGGCGCUGAUGUCAAUCCUAAAACUUUUCUGAAAGUACUUUCUGGUGACCAGGAGUUAGCAAAUGCUGGCAGAAAAGUGCUCAAAAGUGGACCUGAUGAUCAUGUGUUUAUAUUUUUCGAUGACCAUGGUGCUCCCGACAUAAUAGCUUUUCAAGAUAACUAUUUGUACGGCGAAGAUCUAAUGGAUACAUUAAUAACUAUGCAUGCAAACAAAACAUUUGCCAAGCUAGUUUUCUAUCUGGAAACCUGCGAAUCAGGCUCAAUGUUUGACAAGUUGUUACCAAAGGACAUCAACAUAUACGCGACUACAGCCUCUCUGCCCACCGAGAAUAGCUAUCAAUGGGAUUUGGACAGCACC